CCGACUUCAAAAACAUCUAAACUAAAAAGCGAAAAAUAACAUCAAACUAAGUUCUAUAUGUCAUAUUAUGUUCUAACUGAUGAUCAGUUUGAACAAGGUAGAAAGUUCUUGUCGACACAAAUUGACCAAGCCCAAACACAAGAAGGAUGUAGCGGGUGGAGCGAGGAGACGUGCGAGUGGGCGGGUGACGUGCGUGCGUUGCGCGACUCGCACGUGCGACUUGUGUUGCAGCAGCUGCGACAACUGCGCGACGUCGAGCGACUCAGGCGCACGCUGCGACGCGCGCACUGCGUGUUUCCGCACUCGUAUAACGAGUCACACCUCGGUACCUGUGUUGCCCAAUUUACUUGCACAAAAACUGUACAAUCAGAUUCUUAAUACCCAACAGACUUGAAGAACUACUUAAGUCAUUCAGCUUCAUAAAAUAAAAUACAUAUGUAAAAAUAACCGUUUUGUUUUUUCAUUCAGCAUGUUGUUGAUAUUUUUGGUUUAUUCCCCCCCGUGGUGGUGGUAAAAAUAUAAUAGUGUAAUAGCAUAGUUCACAAAAUCUAUUUCGAUCAAAACUUUUUCUCCAUCUCCUAGAAUUAUGCUUGAAUCUAUUUAGAUCAAAACUUCUUCUCCAUCUCCUAGAAUUAUGCUUGAUGUGUCAGGUCAGUUUUUGAAAAAAACUGAAGGGAUGCUCGCAGAAAAUAUAAAAAUUUUUGAACAAUUAACUAAAAUAAAAAACGGGGUUUGGUUUUUUACUAAUAUCUCAAACACUUUUAACCCUACAGUGGUCGCGUGGAUUACAUGUAAUAGCGGAUCUCGUACCAUAAUAAUGUAAUUUUUUUUUUAUUUCUUUAAAAGUUAGCCCUUGACUACAAUCUCACCUAUAGGUAAGUGAUAAUGCAAUCUAAGAUGGAAGCGCGGUAACUUGUUAAGAUUAGUAUGAAAACCCACACCCCUAUCGGUUUCUACACGAUAUCGCACCGGAACGCUAAAUCGCUAAAUAAAAUGUCGUCAAAGGUACAUAAAUAAAAAAUGGCAACAAGAAUCCUAAAUAUUUUAUUUCAUAUGAGUUAUUUUAACAAUUCUUGCACCCUGUGGUACUCUUAUGACAAACAAACAUUAAUUGUAAAAACUUAAAACUCCUGAAGGAAAGGUAAGGCGUAUAAAAACAAUCAUUCGUAAGUACGAAAUAAAAACAUGAAGUACAACUGUAAAAAUAAAAAUAAAACGUAAAAAAGUCCC